CCGCGUGAGUCCCCCACAGGCUGCUCGGAAAAGCCAUCUUUGCAUUGUUCCUGGUCUCCGUCUCUCCGCUCGCCGCAGACUCCACCGUCGCCUGCCUUCCCUCCCUCUCUCCGGCCGCGGACUCCGGCAGCCUUUUCGCCAGAGUCUUCGAACUCUCGCUUUCUCUUUCGCCCGCUGCACCGGCUCACCGGCGUGCCCCACCAUGUCAGACGCGGCUGUGGACACCAGCUCCGAGAUCACCACCAAGGAUUUGAAGGAAAAGAAGGAAGUUGUGGAGGAGGCAGAGAAUGGAAGAGAAGCCCCUGCCAAUGGGAAUGCUAAUGAGGAAAAUGGAGAACAGGAGGGUGACAAUGAGGUAGAUGAAGAAGAAGAAGAAGGUGGGGAGGAAGAGGAGGAGGAGGAAGAAGGUGAUGGUGAGGAAGAGGAUGGAGAUGAAGAUGAGGAGGCGGAGGCAGCUACGGGCAAGCGGGCAGCUGAAGAUGAUGAGGAUGAUGAUGUUGAUACCAAGAAGCAGAAGACUGAUGAGGAUGACUAGACAGCAAAAAAGGAAAAGUUAUUGAAAAAAGGCCACCGUGACCUAUUCACCCUCCACUUCCCGUCUCAGAAUCUAAACGUGGUCACCUUCGAGUAGAGAAGCAGGCCCGCCCGCCAACCACGGGCAGCGCCACCCGCAGAUGACACACGCUCUUCACCACCCCACCAAAACCACAAUGAGAAUUUGCAACAGGGGAGGAGAAAACCAAAACUUCCGAGGCCCUGCUUUUUUUCUUAAAAGUACUUUAAAAGGAAAAUUUGUUUGUAUUUUUUAUUUACAUUUUAUAUUUUUGUACAUAUUGUUAGGGGUCAGCCAUUUUUAAUGAUAACGGAUGACCAGACCAGCCUUCAGAGCGUUCUCUGUCCUACUUCUGACUUUACUUGUGGUGUGACCAUGUUCAUUAUAAUCUCAAAGGAGAAAAAAAAAAAAAACCUUGUAAAAAAAACAAAAAAAAAAACAAAAAAACAAUCUUAUUCCGAGCAUUCCAGUAACUUUUUUUGUGUAUGUACCUAGCUGUACUAUAAGUAGUUGGUUUGUAUGAGAUGGUUAAAAAGGCCAAAGAUAAAAGGUUUCUUUUUUUCCUUUUUUGUCUAUGAAGUUGCUGUUUAUUUUUUUGGCCUGUUUGAUGUAUGUGUGAAACAAUGUCCAACAAUAAACCGGAAUUUUAUUUUGCUGAGUUGUUCUAACAAA